AUGAAAUUGUACCUCAAUGAGAGACCACGAACACUUAUAAUAGUUAGUAAUAACUAUGCGUUGAUUAUUAGACACCCUUUCCCUGUCUACAAAAAUUCCAACCACCACCAUAUGCAUUUGCAUCAUCAUCACCAUGGAAGUACAUCAAGCCAAGGAGUUGAUUCCAAAGGAAGAUUAUCAUCUAACAAGGUAAUUGUCGAGUUUGUCAGAAAGGAUUUAUUGAAGUUAAGUAAUUAUAAAGAUAUAACUCCAAAUAAGUCCAAACUGAACAGACAGCUACUUGGGUUUCUUGGACUUUUGAAUGUGAAUAAUAACAUCUACCUAGGAUUUAUAACGGCUCAAGCAAAGAUUGCAUCUCCAAUGAUAGGUGAAGAUAUUCAAAGGAUUACCGGUGUUGAUUUCUAUUGUUUGAAUAAUGAUGAAUACGACUAUUUAAUUAACAAGUUGGUGGUUAAUGAAGAAGAAACACAAAACUCCAACCUGCAAUCACCCCAAUAUGACCCAGAAAAGGUUACUUCUGGAUAUCCUGCUGCAUCAGUAAGGAAAUUGCUUGAGCUGGGUGCAUUUUAUUAUUCUAAAGAUUUCGAUAUAACUUCUAAUAUUCAAGAACGAGGGUUCCGAGAUAUAAAUGAUCCAACAUUCACAUUAAUGGCGGAUUCCCCUUACUUUAAGAGGUUUAUGUGGAAUUCUUACAUGAUCUCGGAAUUUAUUGAAUUUCGUAAUCGAUUAUCACCUCCUGAUAGAUUACAAUUCGAUUUGACAGGAUUUUUAACUACUAUUACAAGAGGAUUUGCCCAAACUGUCAACACAUCUAUAACACCAAAUGAAGAGGCGUUGUUGACAAUUAUUUCAAAGCAAUCAUGCAUGAAAAAUGGUCCCUUAUUUGGUGACUGGGGUGUUGAUGAUAAAGGGGAUGUUUCGAAUUUUGUUGAAACUGAAAUAAUUAUAUAUACUAAAAAGAUUUGUUUCUCGUAUGUCCUAGUAAGAGGAAAUGUUCCAACAUUUUGGGAGUUAGAGAAUCCUAACAAGAAGUCGCUUUUGUCGUCUAAAAAGAAUAAGAAGAUUUCCACACCAAGGUCAUUUGAAGCAUCUCAACAUGCCUUUACAAGACACUUUGAUAAACUCGUUAAUCAGUUCAGUGAGGUCCAUAUUGUUAACUUAUUAUCAUCGGAUGGUUAUAAAGGUGAACUCAAUGACAAUUAUAAAAAGCAUAUUGAUUAUUUUAAUAACAACACUAAUAAGAAUAAUUCCUCAAACGCAAACGGAAAAAUGUCUUUAAAUUACAAGUUGCCAUAUACUGAUUUGCCAAUUAAUUUAGCUACAAUAAGAAAGUAUGGCUAUACACCUUCGAAUCCUCGUAAUAUAUCCAAUAUUUUGGUUGAUUCCAUAAUUGAUUAUGGAGCGUUGUUUUACGAGAAGUCCAAGAAAAAUUUCACUGGUAAGCAACUAGGAGUUUUUCGUAUAAAUUCAUUCGACAGUCUUAAAAAAGCAAAUUUUGUUUCUAAAAUUAUAAGUCAAGAAGUUAUUGAAUUAGCAUUCCGUGAUACUGGAAUUGCGGUAGAUCCUGAUUUAUUCAUUAAGCAUGCUAAAUUAUGGUAUGAAAAUGAUGAGUAUUUGUCCAAAAUCACUUCAAGUUAUUUCUCAAAUUCAUCAAAAUUGCAAGCAUCGAGUGGUUCUUCUACUAAAAGUUCAGUUAAGUCACAUCUUUCCAAGAAAUAUUUAGGUAGCGUUGUCAAUCCAAAGCCCAGCGAAAUGGCAAUGCUAAAAUUAUUGGGUCAUUUGCAAGAUCAAGUGGAUUUAAAACUACAUAAUCCAAUACAUGAUUAUGUUACAAGGGAAUUAAAUAAAAUGGCUAAACAGUUCAGUUCUUAUGAAGACAUAUCUAUUUAUGCAAGUACCUUCAACGUAAAUGGUCUUUGUUAUGAGGGAGACAUAUCUGAAUGGCUUUUUCCUAAAAAGGAUAAUACGACCAGUGACUAUGAUGUAGUAUUUAUUGGAUUUCAAGAAGUUACUGAAUUAACAGCAGGUAAAAUGGUAACUCCAGAUUCAACAAAUAGAAAUUUCUGGGAAAAGAAAAUAAAGAAUACAUUAGAAGAACAUAAUCCAAAUCAUAACAAAUAUGCUUCCCUUUGGUGUGGUCAGAUUGGAAGCAUAGCAAUAUUUUUAUUCAUUAAUGAAAACAAAAUUGAAAAUGUAAGCAAUGUUGAAGGAUCAUUUAAAAAAACAGGAUUCGGAGGAAUGGGAGCAAACAAAGGUGCUGUGGCAGUGAGUUUUAACUAUUCUAAUUCCGAAAUCUGUCUUGUUGCGUCACAUUUGGCUGCUGGUCUAAGUAAUACGGACGAAAGACAUCAAAACUAUAAGUCUAUUGCAAAGGGAAUUAAGUUCUCAAAAAAUAGAAGAAUUAGAGAUCAUGAUGCAGUGAUUUGGUUAGGUGAUUUUAAUUACCGGGUUGGACUAACAAAUGAACAGAUAAAGCCACUCAUUGAAAAGAAGGAAUUCUCUAAAAUAUUUGAAUAUGACCAACUAAACAAGCAAAUGGCCAAUGGAGAAAGUUUUCCAUUCUUUGAUGAGAUGGAAAUAACAUUUGCUCCAACAUAUAAAUUUGAUAAUGGUACAAAAAGCUAUGAUACAUCUGAAAAGCAAAGAAUCCCUGCUUGGACUGACAGAAUUUUAAGUUUAUCAAGAAAUAAGAUUAUUAAACAAUUAUCAUAUGAUUCAACGCCAGAUUUGAUAUUCUCAGAUCACAGACCUGUUCAUGCAACAUUUACUAUGUCUGCCAACGUGAUUGACGAGAGUAUCAAAAAGAAUUUAUCUCACGAAUUAUACGAAAAUUAUAGAAAGAGUAUUGGUGAUAUUAAUGAGUCGUUAAUUACAAGCAAUAAUUUAACUUUAUUUGAUGCUGAUUUUGAUGAUAAAGUAUUACCUGCGCCUAGUUCCGAUGUUAUGAAAUGGUGGCUUGAGAGUGGUAAACCAGCAAAGAUUAGCAUUCCAGAAUUGAAUCCUGAAAACUUCCCUGAUGGUAAUGUAAAUCUAAUCAACCCAAAAUUGCCACAUAACCCAUUCCUGAAAACUGACGAGCCGGAAUUCAUCUCUAAAAAAUCUUUGCUAAAUUUAUUAAAUGAUAAAUAA